GUACAUCAAAAGAUACUCAUCCACAAGUUAUGGCAACUAGUGUGUCGCUAAGCAAAUUAAGGUGCAACUAUGAGAUUUUCCAUUCGGAUUAUAAGAGUCUAGGCAACAGAGAAGAGUCUUUAGGGAUUAUACCAUAUAAAGGAUUUCACCUCCAAGAGGCGAAACGACAACAUGGACAUGUAAUUUAUAAUAGUCAAUAAACAUUUGACUGCCUUCUAACUUUCUCUACGUAAAUGUAUACCCAAAAGACUUGCAAGGUUAUAUUAUAUCAUCAACGAGCGCACAAACAUGGCUGCACUCUAAUCCUAACUGGCUUGAUCAAUAGAAAAAUCCUAACCACCAACUUUUGUUACUGUCAAAGAACUCAACAAACAGACCGUACAUGAAAAUCGCACAACCAAUUACCCGUGUUCCCAUAACUUUUAGAGAUUCCCUAAAUAGAACACCCACAAUUUCUGUAUCCGAAGAAAAAAGACGGAGCCACAACUCGUGCAUCUUAAAGACAUCAGAAUUAGAGCUCACAAAGCAAGCAAAUUGCAGAUUCUGAAUCCUUUUAGCCAAACAAGUGGUUCCAACGAUAUCAAACAUAAAUUUGCAUCAAGGGACAGAACAGGUCUCCGUAAUAUCUCUAUAAUGCACACGUUCCCCCAGCUUUGACAUGGUAGGUAGUCUCCUUAAUAAGGCCAAGUCAAACAAAUGCAGUCGAGCCAAUUCCUCCAUAGAUUCGACCACAUUCCAGCCAUAAUUCCGUGUCAGACUUGGAAACAUUAACAGUUGAAUAACCCAGCAGAAGAUAUGCAACAGAAUAACACGCAACCCGACAUAAUGGACAGUAAUUUCAUAGUAAUCAUUGAAAAGUUCCCCCCUCUAGGAUUCAUACUAGUUAUUUUUAGUUAACAAACAUUAUCUCAAAAUAACACACAAAGGGACACAAGAUUCAGAGCAACAACAUGACUACCAAUCCAUGUAUGACCUUUUUCUUCACAAGAUAGAGCAGAGGGACACAACAUUUAGAGCAACAACAUGGUCACCAGUCCAUGUAUAUUCAGUUGGAAUCACUAACUCCAAAGUUACCUUCUAGGACUUUGUAUUCACGGGAUAGAGCAGAAGGGAAACUGGAAUGAUUAAAUAAUUGCUGGCAUUUCGGACAUACAACAUUGUUACUUAAACAUGGCCACCAAUUCAUGUAUUUUCACAGUCAAUAUUUGAUCAUUCCAAAGUUCCCAUCUAGGACUCUUGUUAAAGCAUUUACUGAAUAGGAUGGAGUAGAAAGGCAGUUGGAAUAGUUAGGGACAACUUCAAUUAUAGGAACAAUGGGACACAACUAGAGCAGAAGGGCAACUGGAAUGAUUAAAUAAAGGCUGGCAUUUCGGACACACAACAUUGUUACUCAAACAUGGCCACCAAUCCAUGUACUUUCCCAGUCAGUAUUUAAUCAUUCCAAAGUUCCCAUCUAGGACUCUAGUUAAGACAUUCACUGAAUAUGAUAGAGCAGAAGGGCAGCUGGAAUGGUUAGGGACAAUUUCAAUUAUAGGAAAAAUGGGACACAACUUUCGGAAUAGCUUUCUUUCUCAAACAUGGUCUCCAACCCAUGCUUGUACUUAGUUUCUAUUAACCAUUCCAAAGCUCCCAUCUAGGACUCCAUUCAGAAAAAGAUAGAGCAGAAAGGUAACUAUAGUUGCUAAACCAUCGCUUCAACUUAGACCAAGAUGGCAACAUAUACGGGUCACCAGACUACAACGUAACACGAGGAGGCAACUGAUUGAAUGAACAUUGCAGAGUUCAGAUUCACUUUAUCUAUUACAACUGGCAGAACUUGAAUGAAACAAUUUAAUAUGUGCGGAAAUAUAGGGCAACCAGAUGACAACGGAAACAACCGAAUAGGCACAACCAGGCACAUCAACCAACAACAAUAUUAGGUAUUAGGCUAGUACAGCAAAAGAUAGUUAUCGCAGCUAGUGCACUCAUAAGCAAAUUAAGGCGCAACUCUGAGAUUUUCCAUCCAGAUAAAAAAUUUCUAGGCAAUAGAGAAGGGACAUAAGGAGUUAUACUAGAGAAAUGAUUUCACCUCCAAGCGACAAAAACACAAAAUGGACCGCCCCACUCAUGUAAUAUAUAUCAUAGUCAGGAAAACACUCGACCUUCUCUACUUAAAUGUAUACCCCAAGGACUUGCAAGGUUAUAUCAUCAACGAGCACACGAACAUGGCUGCACUCAAACCCUAACUGGCCUGAUCAUUAGAAAAACCCUAACCAUCCACCGACUCUUGUUACUGUCAAAGAACCCAACAAACAGAUCGUAUAUAAAAAUCGCACCACAAUUACCCACGUUCCCAUAACUUCUACAGAUUUCUUGAAUGGAUCACCCACAAUUCCUAUAUAAGAAGAACAAAAGACGUAACCACAACUCGUGUAUCUUAAAGCCGUCAGAAUUAGGGCUCACGAAACAAAUAAAUUGCAGAUUCUUAGGUUUCGAUGAUAUCGAUCAAAAUAUUGCAGCAAGCGACAGAACGGGUCUCCGCAAAAUCUAGAUAAGCGUAGAAGAGCAAAGACAAUGAGCGAUUAGAAGAAGAGUAUAACGAUUCCCUCACCGAUAAACACCAUGAAACCCUACCGUCGGACAUCCGCUGCAAAUUACCGACAUUGAUCGAGCGGACACUACGGUCUCAGAGUCAGAGAGGCAACACUACUCUCUACUCGCCACCAGAAACGAUUCCAAGGAAGCAACCCGCCGGCGACCACUUUUGCGGCAAGACCUCACUUCGGACGCGCCUCUAAACAGGAGAAGCUCAGCAAGCUGCAGAGCAACGUUGGACAGUCAGUUAUAUUUGCCGCUUUACCCAUGUAGCGUAAUGCGCAAGUAAUACGCGUUUAAAUUGGACGCGUCUCGUCAAACCGACAUUGACCAAGUCAACCCACUUGCAUCACACGGAAUUGGGUAAUUAAUUGCUAGUUGGGCUUUUCAGGUCCACGAAAUUGGGCUUUUGAUUCCCUUUAAAUUUAAAAGGAGAAUAAUUGGGCCCAAUGUUCUCUUUUGCUUCUCAGUUCUCACACUCGCUCUACCCAAUGUUCCUCCGCAUUAGCUUUUGUUGUUCCAGCUCUUCAUAUCGACGCCACCGGACAGUGAAUUUAGCUCAGUGAAUCUGCCGGCGACCAUGGCCAGGAUUCCUUUAGGGUGCGAGCCAGUUAUCGGGUCUCUCGUUCCCUCGAAGAAAAGAGACUACAGGGUCACCAACCGUCUCCAAGAAGGCAAACGUCCUCUUUACGCCGUCGUCUUCAACUUCAUCGACUCUCGUUACUUCAACGUCUUCGCCACCGUCGGCGGCAAUCGGGUCACUGUCUACCAAUGCCUUGAAGGAGGAGUUAUAGCUGUGUUACAGUCUUAUGUCGAUGAGGAUAAGGAUGAAUCCUUCUACACGGUGACCUGGGCGUGCAAUCGCGAUGGAUCCCCAUUUGUUGUUGCUGGCGGAAUCAAUGGGAUUAUCCGUGUUAUAGAUGCUGGCCACGAGAAGAUAGACAAGAGCUUUGUAGGUCAUGGGGACUCAGUAAAUGAAAUAAGGACUCAGCCACUAAAACCUUCACUUGUGGUAUCAGCAAGUAAAGACGAGUCAGUUCGCCUGUGGAAUGUUCAUACCGGAGUUUGCAUUCUCAUAUUUGCUGGAGCUGGGGGUCAUCGGAACGAAGUUUUAAGUGUCGACUUCCAUCCUUCAGAUAUGUAUCGCAUAGCAAGUUGUGGAAUGGAUAACACUGUGAAGAUUUGGUCAAUGAAAGAGUUUUGGCCGUCUGUCGAAAAAUCAUUCACGUGGACAGACCUUCCUUCGAAGUUCCCCACCAAAUAUGUGCAGUUUCCGGUCUUCAUAGCUUCAGUUCACUCAAACUAUGUUGAUUGUAACCGGUGGCUUGGAGAUUUUGUCCUUUCAAAGAGUGUUGACAAUGAGAUUGUGUUGUGGGAACCGAGAACGAAGGAUCAGUCUCCCGGAGAGGGGACGGUGGACAUCCUUCAAAAAUACCCUGUUCCAGAAUGUGACAUUUGGUUCAUCAAGUUCUCGUGCGACUUCCACUAUAAUGCUGCUGCCAUAGGGAACAGAGAGGGGAAGAUCUUUGUCUGGGAGCUGCAAACCAGUCCCCCCAGUCUUAUAGCAAGACUCUCUCAUGCUCAGUCCAAAUCUCCAAUUAGACAGACCGCAAUGUCUUUUGAUGGCAGCACCAUUCUUAGCUGCUGCGAGGAUGGAACAAUAUGGCGCUGGGAUGCAGUAUCCUCAUCAUCUUCGUCGUCAUCUUCCCAAGUUUAGUGUAGGAAUUCGAACGCGUCACUGUUUGCAUCUUUCAAUUAAAACAGAAGGGUGCGGGGGAUAUGAACUAGGAUAGUUUCCGCAAUCGAGGUUACCAUUUUCUCUGUUGUAAAAUAGCUAUUAGUAAUCACUAUUGUAGUAUUGUUCCAGUUGGUCAUUUUCACUACUUUUCCUUGUCAUGUCAUCCUUUUGCUCUUCAUCUUUUACUUUGGUUGGAAGAUGCAGCACUCCACUCGACAUAUUCAUUCCAAAAAUUGGAAGUUAAGAUCAGGAUAUGGAGCACACCAAAUCUACACAAUAACUUGCAAACGACAGC